AUGACUGAAUUUGUCCUUCAGGGAUUAACACACCAACCAGAGCUCCAGUUGUCCCUCUUCCUCCUGUCCAUAGGGGUCUAUGGGGGUCACUAUAGUGGGAAUCCUGGAUCUUUUCUAUGCCUCAAACUUGUGAAAAACUUUAUAUGGGAACAAAAUAUUAUCUCCUAUUCUGGGUGUAGGACCCAAUUCUUUUUCUAUUGCAUAUUUGCUAUUGCUGAGUGCUAUAUGCUGGCAGCCAUGGCAGAUGAUAGAUAUGCAGGUAUCUGUAAUCCUUUGCUGUACAAUGUCACCAUGUCCCAAAAGGUGUGCAGUGUGCUGGUGACAGGGGUCUAUAUCAUGGCAGCUAUUGGAGAUGUGGCCCACAGUUCCUCCAUGAUCAGACUUUCCUUUUGUGGGGACAAUGUUAUCCAUCAUUAUUUCUGUGGCAUAAUUUCCCUCCUACAGCUUGUAUCCUGCUCUAAAAUCUACCUCAAUGCUCUGGUGAUACUCAUAGGUGGAUUCAAUGUGUUGGCACCAAAUGGGCCCAUCGCCAUCUCUUAUGCCUUCAAACUCACCAACAUUCUUCAAAUACCUUCAGCUGAGGGCAGAUCCAAAGCCUUUAGUACCCUUAGCUCUCAUCUGACAGUCACCAAGGUCCAGGAGAAGGUGGCCCCUGUUUUCCACGCCACAGUCAUCCCCAUGCUGAAUCCCUUCAUCUACAGCUUGAAGAAUAAAGAUGUUAAAAUUUUUCUCAGAAAAGUAUUUAGGAGGGGAUAUGGCCUACCCCAGAGAUAG